GACAGCACAAAUCAAGUUCAAGAGGGUCUGAAGUCAGUGAUGAAGGAGGGGAAAUUGAGACGAGGGAGAGGAGGGAGACUGGGAGAAAACCAGGGGAAGGCCGGCGUUGCCUUUUCUGGUAGUUGAAGUCGCUGAAAGAACAACCAGGAAUUUUUGGGCUGCAGUAGGACUGAGAUAUAAACCAGACUGUAGAAGCGAAUCCACGACAAGAAAGCAGACACUAUUGUCCAUGGACUAAAUACGACUGCUGCUGCGUGAAAAAUUCAGAAGUUUAAGCCAAUAUGGACGACGACUUUGACCGCCGCAUGGAGCUGAGGAGGCAGAGGAGGGAGCAGAUGCGCCUUGAAACUGACAGGUCGGGUUUAACCAAUGAGGAUGAAGAGGAGGAGGCAAGGGAGCAAAGGAGACGCGCAAGGGAGGAGAGGAAGAAGAUGAAGGACUUAGAGGAGUCUGGAGGAACUGAUGUAAACAAUACUAAUAGCUCAACAGAGAUCAACUCCACGAAUAGUUCUGGCGCUGAUGAUGACCAGGCUCUGCUCGAGCGCCUGGCCAAAAGAGAGGAACGCCGCCAGAAGAGAAUGAAGGAGGCUUUGGAGAGGCAGAAAGACCUGGACCCCACAGUCGACACCCCCAACGGCACAGACAGCACGCAGGAGGAGCAGUCCUCCUUCACCAACGGCAGCACGCAGCAGAAUGCUGAGGAGGUAGAUGGGAAAAAGGAGGAGGAGGAGGUGGCCAAAAUAGAAACAAACUCUUGGAGCAGGGUGGAAGACGACAAGAAAGAGGAUGGGAAGAAUUCUGAAGAAUCAAACACAACAGUCCCACAAAAUGAGGAGGAUACUAACAAUACGGCUGUAGAGACAGAGGCGGAGCCUGAACCACUCAAGUCAGAAAUUAAGGAGGAAAAACCUGCAACUGAUGUCGACAAUGAGGAGGAAGAAAGGAGCAGGGAAGAAGAAAAGGAAAAACAACAGAAGGAAAUUGAAGAAAAACAACAAAAAGACGAGGAGGAGGAGCAAAAAAUAGAAAUGGAAAAACAGCUCAAAAAGGACGAGGAAGAAAGGCAACAAAGUGAAGAGGAUGAGAGGAAGAGGGGGGAAGAAGAGGAGAGACAACAAAUGGAAAAGGAGAGGAGGCUUAAAGAAGAAGAAGAGAAACAAAGAAAAGAGAUGGAGGAAAGAAUGAAAAAGGAGGAAGAGGAGGAGAGAGAGAGACAGCAAAGAGAACAGGAAGAACAACAGAAGAAGGAAAUUGAAGAAAGACUAAAACAGGAGGAAGAAGAACAAUCCAAAAAAGAUAUGGAGGAGAGGAAGAAGAAAGAGGAAGAAGAGGAAAAACAGAGAAAAGAAAUGGAAAAACUGAAAAUGGAGGAAGAGGCGAGGCAGAAAAAAGAGCAGGAAGAGAAGAAGAAAAAGGAAAUGGAGGAGAAAAAUAAGAAGAAAGAAGCAGAAGAGAUGAAAAAGAAAGAGGAGGCUUCAAAACUAAAGACAUUUGGCUUCAAGGAAAAGGCCGAUACAGUCAAAAAGAACGGCGCUGUGGCUGAGAAUAAAUUUAAGAAAACAGAAAAACCUUUUAGGGACAACCCUCCCUUCACGAAAGCUGAUGAUGAAGAGCGGCGAGAGGCUGAAAGUAAGCUGCAGGAGCUGAAACAGCGGCGGAACAACGCAGAGAGCGCUGAAUUCGAGAAGAUGAAGCAAAAGCAGCAGGACGCCGAGGCCGAGCUGGAGGAGCUGAAGAGGAAGAGAGAGGAGAGGAGGAAGAUCCUGGAGGAGGAGGAGAGGCAGAAGAAGCAGGAGCAGGAGGAAAAGAAGGCCAAAGAGCAGGAGGAGAGAAAACGAAUGAAGGAGGAGAUAGAGAAAAGGAGAGCAGAGGCCGCAGAAAAGAAGAAACAAAUGGAGGAGGACUCGUCAAAACCUUCUUUCGCCAUCCGACCAAAGGGCUCCUCGAAGAUUGGAGAAAAGGCAGAGUUUUUGAGCAAAUCAGCUCAAAAAAACUCUACAGCCAGAGUGUCACACACGCCAAUCGUCUCCAGGGUUGGUAACAGACUGGAACAGUUUACUUCUGCCAUCCAGGGAAACAAAGAAGUAAAACCCCCCAAGUCUCCGCUGGUGGACAUCCCUGCAGGAGGCACCCGCAGCAUCAAAAACAUGUGGGAGAAAGGCAACGUCAGCAGCUCCUCUGACAGUCCGGCUCCUGUAAACAAGGAGGAAGCGGGGAGUAAAAGAGAGGCAGCAGGACGCGUCAACAGCAAGACUGCAAAGCCUGCAGAUGCACAGAAGGCAGCAGCAGGUCCUGCAGCAGCAGCAGGAGCUGCACCUCCAGCUGCACCAGCAGGAGGAGCAAAGCAGCUAGACACUAAGCAAGGUGACAUUGGGAGUAAACGGGGCUUGUGGGAAACCAAGAGGAGCUCCACUCCUGGAAAGGCAGCUGUUGGAAGCAAGGCCAAACCUUUUGCAAAUAGUUUGACUGCUGCAUCCAUUCCUGAACUUCACGUGUGUCACACCAGGAAGGUCCAGACUGAGUGAUACGCCGCGCAUCAGACACCGACUUCACGCUUGUCUACGUCAGCUUAGUCAUCCCUCUGUUGACUCCUAGAAGUAAAAGUUUUUGAAGCUACAAAAUGCUGUGAGUCCUCCCAAGAUGAAAACGUGUUUUUCCUUCUUCGAACUCCUUGGAUUCAAAACUUUUUCACAAGAUGGUUUUUUUAAAAAGGGAAAAUUGUAAAUCCACGACUGAUUUCUGAAGUAAUGUCAUAAAUGAUUGAAGAAGAAACACAACUAAACAACCUAAAAAAACAUAGAAAAAAAAUAAUUGUGCUAAACUUUUUCUUUUAAUGCCUAAUUUCUUCACAAAAUGUGUUGCUUAUUCUAAAUUUUUUAAUGAAUUCUUUGAUAAAUCACUGAGUCCCUUUAGGAAAUGUACAUUUUUCUUUUUGUUUUCCUCAUUUGACAUUAUCAUACAAGGUGUUGAAAAUGUGGUGUUUUUAAAUGUAAGGACUAUGCUUUUUCGCUUUUUGUGAUUCACAUUUUGACAAAAUGAUGACUCACCUUUAUAAAAACAGCUCUAAAGGUUUUUUUCUACUAAGUCACUGCAGUAAUUUCUUUUAAAGCUUGUGUUAAACUAAAGAUUCACUCGUGCUUUAUUGAAAAUACUAACAAAAAUCUAUUCCUUUAAGGUUUUUGAGUAGCUUUUAUUGUGAAACAGAUUAACAAUCAUCAUCCUUUUAAGACAGGAUGUGACGCAUCCACUUCCAGGAAGUUUUCAAAUCCGUAGCCCGCUGGCAUGGAUAAUGACUUUCAGCGGUGCUCAGCUGUCCUUUGUGUUUAUUGCUAAGAAGUGUUCGCACAUUAAGGGACUAAACAACAACGGAAAGCAUGCCAAGUAUUAAGGACCACCAUGCGCAUUGUCAAUCUGAGCAUCAGCAUUUAUACAAAUUCUGCUUCACGGAGCAGACACAGUUACAUGACCUCUGACCUCCUGGUUGCCUGCGCAGCAUCUGCGCUGCUAACUGUGGAUGAGUCAACAUCUGUUUGAACUGAUUACUGAGUCUGAUCACAAAGUUUUCCUCCAGCUCACAUUUGUGUUGUUGUUUACUAUCUUAAACUUCAUAAAAACACCAUUAUAGUUGUGUAUUUAUCUAGUGACCGAAAGCAGCUCCAUUCAAACAAUAAAAAAUAUUUUUUCAAGCCUGUAACUAACUUAAAUGUAUGUUUAAUGUCACAUAAAUCCUGCAAAAAUGUAUCUUUCAGUAUUUUGUGGUCUUGUGCUUUGUUUGAAUGCUUGACAAAUAAAAGGGAUUAAAAUAAAAA